AUGUUGGAUAAAGUGGUUGAAGACUCACUGCUUCAGAACAUGUUUCAAAUAUGUUUGAAGAAAGAAGAAUCGAACAACUCAAAAAUUCAUCUUGAAUCAUAUGAAAAGGAAUUGAAAGAAAAUAAUGAGCAGUUAUAUUUACAAGUAGACUAUUUAUAUUUCAUAUUGCUUCAUAAAAUAGGUUAUUUACAUAAACAUAAGAAGAACUGCUUAAGUUAUUUAUGUUCUUGUUCCGUUCGGUUAUUGGAUAAAAAUUUUUAUAAAAAUUAUAAUAUAGAAAAUAAACAAAUCGACAAUUUAAUAAAUGAAAUAUUAGAUCAAUUAGUAAACAGUGCAAUAGUAUUUUUAGAAAAUUUAGAUGUGUAUCCUAAUGUGAAAAUAUCAAAUAAAGAACGAAUCAAUAUUUUUUACGAAUUUUUAAAGGGAUCUUGUACAUCUCGUUUUUUAAAAAAAUUGUUAUCAGUUAUAGAAGAAAAUGAUAAAAAUGAAUGUGAAGCACAGAAGCAAUUGAAUCGAUUCUUCAUUCCAAUUUUAGACCUCAUCUUUGAAAAUUUGAAUUCAAGGAGUUUAAUAUACCCAAAAAAUGAUGUUGCUGUAUUGCUGAAAUUUUUAACAAGCUUUAAACAAAUUGCUGAUUUAGUAAUAAAUAAUAAGUCAAUAUUUUUAUAUUUAAAUUUGCAUGAUAGAAUGAAAGAUAAUUUCCUUCCCGCAGUAAACCUCCAAGAGGAAUUGGGUUCAACAUCCAUUUUGGAUAAAAGUACAAAUUUCCAAGGAAGUUGUGAAGGUUUGCCAACUGAUUCCUCCCCCCCCAAUCUUCCCCCAUUCGAGGGGAGUACUAGCGGCAGAAACAAUAUCAGCAAGGACAUAGGUAAUAGUAACACAGAUAAUAAUAGUAAUAAUAACAACGAUGCCAGUAACAGUAAUGACAAUAUGAGUAGUAGUAACGGUAACAGUAGUAUUAACAGUACUGGUAGUAACAGCAAUACCAACAACAGUGUUAGUAACAAUCGUUGCUCCGCAGGCAUCCCCGGGGGAAUCAACGAAAAUUUGGGAAGAAUGGAUGGAUUUACAAAUAAGAAACCGUGUAGUAAGGACAAGGAGGUAAAUUCAUGCGGAUAUAAUUUACAGUUAAAUAGUAUGUUGGGUAGACUAAUAUCUCCUACAAUUAUUACUAUGCCAAAUAUAAUAAAUAAAGAGGAAAUAGCAAUGUAUAAAUAUUUUUACAACUCAGGAACGAAUUCGUUAAAUAAGAUGACAUUAAGUGCACUGAAAAAUAUAUAUAUGUUAUUAAGAAGGGAUAUGGAUUGGGUUUUAGAAAAUUGUGUAGAAAUAAUAAAAAACUUAUUAAAAGGAAGUAAUGAAAGUAAGAAAAAAGUAUUAUUAUGGUUAAAUUGUAUUAUACUAUCAAAUGAGAAAAAAACGAAAAUUAUGUAUCACUAUUCUACGUAUCCACAAUCGUUAGAUAAUUCUUAUGGAUUAUUUUUAAAACUAUUAGGAGAAAAUUCAUAUGGAUUUUGUUUGAAUAUGUUUUGGAUAUUAUUAUGUUUAUGUGAACCUAUUACUACUAACAAAAUUAAUGAUAUAGAUCUGUAUUUUUUUUUAAGAAAUGAUCCUUUUUCAAAAUUUAUUUUAAAAUAUAUAACAAACCAAUCAUCAUUUGAGGAAAAAUCAAAUGUUGAGAAAAUAAAAAAUAAUGUAAAAAAUUUUGAAAGUUUUCAAAAACAGCCCAAGUUUAUUACUUGUAUCUUUUGGAUGACCUUCAAAUCUUUAAGUGUUUUUUUCAAGCCAGCCAUUGAUGAAUUUAUUCGAAUUGUUCAAGAAGUAGCUAAUGCUAAGGAUAAAAACUUUUACUAUAUGAAUAUACAUGCAUGGAAAAUUUUCUUAUAUAGUUCUCGCUUUGUACAAUUAUUAUUUAAAUUCCUUCAUUUAUGCAUGAGUUAUUUUUUGAAUGUUGCAUAUUUGUAUGAUGUCAACGGGGAUGUAAAUAUGAACAUGCAAAAUUAUUUAAAUGAUCAUAAUAGUAAUUAUUCUCAUCUAGUUUUGAAAUCUUGUCCACCUCCAAACGAAAGGAAUUAUAAGAAGUACAGAACAUUCGGAAGUUUUGUGAACAUCUCCACUAGAAAAAUGGAUGAAGGAGAGGGCAAUGACUCUGUUGCAAACCACGCGAAUGAUGACAAAAUGAGCCAAGGGGAAAGGGAUGAAACGCGGGAGAGUGGACCUUCAGAGGGAAAAGACGGAGAUAUGUGUGAGAUUGGUGAUAUAAAUUACGAAACGAAUGAGGAAAAUUCUGAACAAGCAAACUUCCAAAAUCGAGGGGAUCAUUUGUAUGCAUCUCCACAAUUUUCCAUCAUUCCUACCUUUUUUUUAAGUGACAUUUUCGAUAUUAUUUAUUUACUACACGAGCUAGAUACAUUUAAAAGUCAGAAUAAUGAGAAUUUCAUGAGCUAUUUAAAUGUAGACUUAUUUUUAGCCUUUUGCAUUUUCACUAUGUUAAGUGAAAAUCAUAUAAAAAGCAUACACUUAAGAUGUGAGUCUGCUCCUAAAACAUUUACGUAUUUAUAUAAAAGUGAUAACUUAAAAAAAGUAAUUGAAGAAUCAGAACUAACAAAGAAGUACAUUAUUAAAUCGUUGACAAAUGUAUUUAUCGCUUCUCAAAAAGGAGAAUAUACGGAAAGAAUGCAAACAAGAGUUCGCAUUGUAGAAAAUUUUAAUAGUUUUUUUCUAAAUAAAACAUAUGUUAAUCAGUUUACUCAACUUAUUAUAAAUAAUAAUAAUCUCUUUGUUCACUUAAUUCAUUUGUUGUUGAAUGAUGCUAGUUUUUUAGUUGAAGAAGUAGUAUCAUACUUGUCUGAAAUUAAGAGAAGAGAAGAUAAUAAAAAAAAAAAUGAAGCUGAACGAUCUAGUUUAAGUGCAAAUACUAGCAAUAAUAACACCUAUGCUAGUGCUACUAGAAAUAAUAGAAAUUCGAACGUAGGUAUAUCUAAUCAAAUGAAUACUUCUUACAUUCAAAAUAGUGAUAAUGAAAAUUUGCAAAAUUUAAAUGGAUUUUCAUAUAAUAGUGAUAAUAGUGAAAAUGAUGAUUCAACAGGAGGUGGUGUAGAUGUAGGAACAGAUGUAACAAAUGAAAACAUGCGUAAUUUAGCGGCUAAAACAAAAAUGAUUAUUACAUAUUGCUAUAAAUCAUGUAUCUUUUUAAAUCUUUUAUGUAAAAAUUAUCCAAAUAAUAUUAUUACUUCGAAUACUAUAUUAUGUCAAAUUGUUACUUGCUUGAAUUGUUACUUCGACUAUUUAGUAGGACCUAAGUGUUUAAAUAUAAAGGUUAAAAAUAUGGAGCAGUAUAAUUUUAGACCGCAGUUAUGGUUAACUAGUAUAGUCGAAUCAUAUCUGUAUUUGUUAAACGCAGAUAAAGAAUAUGAAGAACUAUUAAUAAGAGAAAUAGCAAAUGAAGGGAGAUAUUAUAAAGCUGACAUUUUUAAUAAAGCUUAUUACAUAUGUAAAAGAGAAGGAUUGCUACAUAAAGAAGAAUUAAAUAAAUUUAAAAUGUUUUGUCAGCAAAUUAUUGAUAUGAAAGAUGAAGUAGAGCUCUUUGAUGAUGUAAAUGAUAUACCAGAAAAAUUUUUAGAUCCCAUUCUACAAGAUAUUAUGUUAGACCCCGUUUUAUUACCCACCUCAGGAAUUAUAAUUGACAGAAAAAAUAUUGAGAGACAUUUAAUGAGUGAACCUAAUGACCCAUUUAAUAGGGCCCCCCUUUCAAAAGAGCAGUUAGUGUCACUUCCUGAAUUGAAGGAAGAGAUACAUAAAUAUAUAAACGAGUUGAGACAGGAAAAGAGGAAGAAAAAGCAGAAAAAUUUAGAAUUACAGUUGCAUAAUGAAGAUAUAGAAAAAGAUAAUGAAACUUCGAAUAAUGAAAAGUUUGAUGGAAGAAGUAAUGAGAAAGAUGGGGAGAAAGCCAAGAAGAGUCCAGGUGACGAAGCACCAGACAUGAAACAGGUCUAG